AUCUCUACAUCUACCACAUCGCCCUACCCUCCCCUUCAUCCACCGCCCCUUCCACCAUCAACCGCGCGCAAAAACUCCCACCACCCCGUCGCGUCGCCGUACCCUCAAAUCCCAAGCUCCCGACAGCUUCCCCAAACUUCCCUCAAGCUCCCCAAAUCACAAUGGCGAACGGCUGGGCGCCCAUCAUCGGCCUCAUCGUCGUCGUCAUCUUCUGCGCUGCAUCCUGGGUUCUAGCACCAAAGGGCGAAAACCAAACGGUUUGGCGUUCUACGCUUGUGCUUUCGGCGGCUGCCAUGUAUAUCAUGUGGGCGAUCACGUUUCUCGCGCAAUUGCACCCGCUUAUUUCGCCGGUACGGGGCGACUUGCGACCGGAGUUGAAUGGAGGGCGUUAAGGGAAUGGUUUAAGAGGACAAUGGGAAGGGCCGUUGGUUGGACAAGUUGGUUGGCAUGCUGAGAAGCUGCGGCUGAGACGUACUGUGCAACCGUGGCAGAGUCGAACAUGGAAGAUGGAGAUGAAGCAUAUUUCGAGUUUUCAGGCGCAACAUGUGUAUAAUCAGUCUGGCGUAUCACGGACAUGCUUUGUGAAUUUGUAGCCAAUAUGAGAUUCAAUCAAACUGGGGGUAUCAUAUUUACAC